GUCCGAACCUACUUGAUCAGUCCAACCAUACCCGCUACGAGAUAUAGAAGCACACAAUUUACAAAUAUAAACCUCUACGAACUAAAAAUGCAUACUUUCUCCAAUUAUUUAAUAGUUUUGGUUAUCGUGGCGAAAAUAUUCGUAGUUUUUUCGGAAAUUACUCUAAAUGAAUCCAACUACACCUUGAAAGGAUUGAUUGGAACGUCUUAUUCCAUCGGUCAUGCAAACUUCAUUUCCAACCCGGCCGACUUUGACACCUUUGAUGAACAAAUUUCCCCCGCCGCUGGAGGAAGCUUGUGUCUCGCGGAACAUAACGACGCCCGACGACAGAAUGGAUUGGGUCCUCUCACCUACAAUUCCAAGCUAGCAACCGCCGCACAGGGCCACUCCGACCUCAUGUCGAGAACGGGAUGCUUCUCCCACCAGUGCAACGGGGAAGACAACGUUACCGGCAGGAUCGAGCAGGCCGGAUAUUCUUGGAGCGGCCUCGGUGAAAAUAUCGCCAUGGGACAGACCAGUUGUCAAGACGUCAUGUCCGAUUGGAUGUCCUCACCUGGACAUCGGGCCAACAUUCUUGGCCAGUAUAAAGAUUUGGGCUGUUCCCUGGCAUCCUGCUCAUCUUGCGGGGGCGGAAAUGGAUACUACUGGACGUGCGAUUUUGGCUCGCCGCAAUAAUUUUGAAACAAUUUAUGUAUAAUCAGCGAAAAUGCAUUUUGCUAUUUCCUAUUCGAAAUAAAUAUACU